GUUCCAUAGCAAAUAUAGCCCCAACAAAACAAACACAACUUAGCCCCCUUGUAAAACUUCUUAUUGUGAUGUCUAAAAGCGAAGACUUGAAGCUUUUGGGAGGCUGGUUCAGCCCAUUUGCCCUGAGGGUGCAGAUUGCCCUUAACCUCAAGGGUCUAGAAUAUCAGGUUGUUGAAGAGACCUUGAAUCCCAAAAGUGACCUGCUUCUUAAGUCCAACCCUGUGCACAAGAAAAUCCCAGUUUUCUUCCAUGGAGAUAAAGUCAUUUGUGAAUCUGCAAUCAUAGUUGAGUACAUUGAUGAGGCUUGGACUAAUGUUCCCUCCAUCCUUCCACAAAAUGCUUAUGAUCGUGCUAAUGCUCGAUUUUGGUUUGCCUACAUUGAUGAGAAGUGGUUUACGUCCUUGAGAAGUGUUCUAGUGGCUGAAGAUGAUGAGGCAAAGAAGCCACACUUUGAGCAAGCAGAAGAAGGGCUUGAGAGGUUGGAAGAAGUGUUCAACAAGUACAGUGAAGGGAAGGCCUAUUUCGGAGGAGAUAGCAUUGGAUUCAUUGACAUUGGUUUUGGGAGCUUCUUGAGUUGGAUGAGAGUCAUAGAGGAGAUGAGUGGAAGAAAAUUGCUUGAUGAAAAGAAGCACCCUGGUUUGACCCAAUGGGCUGAAACGUUUGCUGCUGAUCCUGCUGUGAAGGGCAUUCUUCCAGAGACUGAUAAGCUUGUUGAGUUUGCCAAGAUUCUUCAGCUAAAAUGGACUGCUGCAGCAGCUGCAGCUGCAAAGUAAAUGGAAUCAAAUUAAUUGCGAGAGUAUUUUCAAAAUUGUUGUCCAAGUUGUUUUUAUCUCAGGCUAUGUUGUUGCAACUUUAUUUAUUUAAAAGUUAUUUUAAAUUUAAAAUGUAAAAUAUUAAGAAAGUUUAAGUAAGUUAGUUGAAAAAUUUUGAGUUAUUAUAAAUCUUUUGACUUGAUAUGAUCUUC